AACGUGUGAGCACGUAAUCCUCGGCAGGGCUCAGAAUAUAAGAGGGGCCCCGAGCCCCGACCGGCCCUCACAGAGAGCCUAGUGUAGAACUCCACUCAUCUGCUCACACCCACCCGAGUGGCUGUGCUCCACCCAACAGCCGAGAUCCUCAUCGGGACGUCUACACUUCAGAGGGACGCAGUGAAGCCGCCCUCCUACACACAGGAACCCUAAGAGCUCAGAAUGAAUCUCGAGGCGCCGAAAGCUGAAAUCAAGUCGGCCACCCGAGUCAGCGGAGGCCCCGCCACUCCACGCAAGGGCCCCCCCAAGUUCAAGCAGAGGCAGACUCGUCAGUUCAAGAGCAAGCCUCCAAAGAAGGGCAUCCAGGGCUUUGGUGACGACAUCCCUGGAAUGGAGGGCUUAGGCACAGACAUCACCGUCAUCUGCCCCUGGGAGGCCUUCAAUCACCUGGAGCUGCACGAGCUGGCCCAGUACGGCAUCAUCUGAGCCUCCGUGCACCGUCCUGCAUCCUCCACGGAUUACAGGCCUCAGACCAUUUGCCUCAGGCUCCGUCUCCCGGCUUCAAAUGGAACUGUUCCACACAAACAUCCACGACGAACUGUAACAGACACAAAAAACAGAAAAAGAAAAAACCUUCAACAAAAACACCUUCACUCUCCGUCCUGGAUCCUUUUUCUGAUUCUGAUUCUGCAGGUCACACUUGAUCUGCUUGUGUUUAGGAUCUUUCCUUCUGAUUCUCGUGACUUCUCUAGUUCUGCACAGUAAUCUCCUCUCUCUCUCUCUCUCUCUCUUUCUCUCUCUCUCUUUCUCUUUCUCUCUCUUUCCUGUUGCUGUCCUUCUUUUUCCUCCUCUCUUCUUCUUCUCAUGGACAAAACAUGAAACUUACACAAGCAAGGCAGCCUCAGUUUGAGUUUAAGUGACAAACCCGUGAACGUGGGGGGGAGGGGGUCCUACUUCAUGUGCUUCAGCUUCACCUCUUCCAGCUCAGAGGUUCUUUCUCGACAUAUUAAACAUAAAGCCUGAAUAUUCUGUAGAGAGCGGACGCGGCUCAGCGUGAGACCUUUCAUUGGAUAACGUUAAUCACUCAUCGUCAGAUUUCCCUCUUUGCUUCUGAUCACAGAGGGAUACACCUGGAUACAAACGUGUUCUUCACCUUUAUUCACUCUAAAGUUUAUAUUAUUAUACUAAAUAAAUAUCUACUAGUGUUGGAUACAUGUGACUUAGUAUGAAAAAGGCUUUAAAAAACAUGACCUUUGACCUUAUUUUUUAUGAAAAAUUCGAGAAAGAAACCGCUUUAACCGACAACAAACUAGAAUGUGUGAUUUAAAAGGGCUGAAUUAUUGUAUUCGUAAUAUUUUCUACAAUAAGUCUCAUAUCUCUUCCAUCUCCUUUGUAUAAUAUUACUGUUUUUAGUAUUAAAAACAUAUUAGUAUUUUAUGUUUAUUACAUGUUUAUUGCUCAUAAUUCCAGCCUGUGUGGUUAUGUUUGUGUUUUUAAGCUCAUUGUUGUCGCUCUCAUUUGUCGUUAUCUCGUACAGUGGAAGAUUAUACUUUUUAUUUCCAUUCGUCUUUCAUCCUUUAUUCAUUGUCACAUGUUAUUGGCUUUUUAUUUCAUUGUUUAGUCUCCACAGUCGUCUCGCUCACCAGCGUGUUCGGUUGGGAUGGAUGUUUGAGAUCACUCACAGGUCUGAGGAGAUGUCCUCUCUACAGGAUGAGGGGAAAAAAUAAAACAUAAAAAGAGGAAAAUAGAAACUGUGAUUUAUUAAUUUAUCAAACCGAGAAUGAGUCCGUGUGAAAGUCAAUUGAAGAUUUACUUUUCUUCAGUCGUGAUAUUAAAACAAAUUUACAAGCA